AUGCAUUGUGCACAUACAACACUUGAAAUGACUUGUCCGUCGCCGUAUCCCAAGACUUCACAGCAGAGAGUGGAUCUAAACUACAGGCCGGCGCUGGUGGUCAUCUUCAUGGUCUUCGUAACAGUUUCUGCUCACUACAAUUAGUAGUAAAUCCACAACGACAACCAUUGCCGCUGCAACGUCAACAUAAAUUACUUCUAAGAACUUUCAAUAGGCCUGGAGCCGUAGCUGAAGUGUACUCGGUAGUCCUUAGUUAUACUUUUCUUAUCAAAAUAGAAAUACAAAUAGCCGAGAUCCAUUUUUGUCGCUUAAAAGUCGCAUUCCUACGUAGACCAUUCAUGAACUAGAAGAACCAUUCCAACUAUCCUCUUGAUUCGUUUUUGAAGUAGACAUCUCGCCAUUUAUUUUGCGUCAGUUGCAUCAAGUAGUUGUAAACGUAAACACGAUCAUUGGUCAUGAUGAUGACUGCCGCUUUCUAUACUCAUACUGCACCCCCCAGAGAAAAAAAGCUUCCUUACAUCUCGUGAGCAAAAUUCGCCGAAGUAUCGAAAUAUUCUUUUGUGGCUAUUAUGAUGAAGAUGAGGCCUCAUCUGAAAACGGUACGAGUUACAAAGAUUGACUUAUUGACAACUCUCAAGGUUCGUUGUUGAGUUUGAAGAGCAGCUGCUUGUCGUUAGUUGCGUGCGGAAGACACGCACAGCUGAGUCGUGGCUCCAAUUUCACGAUCGAACCCGAAACUGCUGCAGAAAAUGGUUACGACUGCUGUAGGGCUACCACAUGUCUCAGUCUCGAGGUUUCGACUCGUUCGCUGAAGCAAUUCCAAGUGCAUCUGAAAAUGUAUUUAUUAAUUCUUGGCUGUCCAGACGCCGGCAAAAACGCUUUUUUUUUUGGCAGUAUUGACGGACAUCGACUAGACCUUCACGGUCAGCACGAGCUUCGUCUCUAUAAGGCGCAAGCAAUACCAAUUCCAAUACCGUGAAGCCUUCACACAAUCACAAUAUCAAAACGUGCAAAAAGCGCUUAGAUUCUGAUGCAAG